AGCAGCGAGGAGGAUUGAAGGGCGCUGCAGAGGUUCGUUCGCAUCUAGGCAGGGAGCAGGGGAACAAUUUCGGCAACUCUCGUGAGACGAAUCUUGCGUGGUAGAGCAGGGAGGCGAGUUAUAGAAGAUUGGCGUCACAGAGAAGACCAUCUGGUGACCAUCUGUCCGCAGCAGAGCUUCGAUGCAGUGGUCCGCAACAGUAGUCCGCAACAAUGCUUUGAUUUUGGUAUUGCAGAGUUCUGAUUGAUGCAUUGGUCCAUCAUUUGCAUUGAUUAAAACCACGAAAAGCGGCCAUUGUCUAGGUUUAGCCCUCGGUUGGAAUGAUGAGGUGCAGGUCAAGGUAAUUACCGCAAACUCUAAUAUAAUCGAUUGUGAAGUUAAAUUUUUAGCCGAGGAUGAUGCGUGGCGGCUCACGGCAAACUCUAAUAUAAUCGACUGUGAAGUUAAAUUUUUAGCCGAGGAUGAUGCCUGGCGGCUCACGUGCUAUUAUGCAUAUCCGGAGACUUGUAGAAGAUGAGCAGCAUGUGAGAUGCUACGGAGUUUGUCAAAUAAUUCCUUUUUUUAUUGACAUCAGGUAUCCUCGGUUGCCCGAGACUAAUCCGGAGCCUUGUGACCCUAUCCGGCAAAGGGCCACAAGGAGGUAAACCAGCAUAGGUUGCCCAUAGCUGACCGGCUCACAACUUGGGGAGGUCACAAUAAUCACUCCAAUUGCAGGAUUCGAACUUAAGAUCUUAGGAUUGCCCCUAAGACUUAAGUCAUAUGAAAUGACCAUCCAAGCUGGGGGUUGCCCCCUUGUCAAAUAAUUCCUUAAUUCCAUGGAUGGUAAUUGGAGAUUUCAAUGACAUCCUGUAUGAGUCAGAGAAAAAUGGAAGAAUUCCUCACCCUCCGUGGAGGAUGCGGGGAUUUCAUGAGGCUAUACUAUCAUGUGAUUUACGGGAUUUUCCGUUUGAUGGAUACUAGUGGACUUGGGAGCAGGGAAAGGGCACACCAUACUGGGUGGAGGAGAAACUGGACCGGAUUUUGGUCAAUGAUAAUUGGUUGAGUAAAUUUAUGAAAGCGCGAGCUUCGUCUAUUGAGGCACCGAUAAGUGAUCAUAUGACCUUAUGGAUUAAAAUUAAACCCUCUUUACGUGGUAGGUCUCCAAGAAGGUUUAAAUUUGAAAAUAAUUGGCAGAAGGAGGAAGAAUGAAGAUCGAUUGUAAUUAAUAGCUGGGGUGCGGGUUCGCAUAAUAUGACAGUCAAUGAGGGAAAUUCUUUUUUGUGGAAAAGAAUUACUGAGGUGGAACCAGUGUCAUACUAAAGGGUUUCAAAAUCAAAUUCUUACUUAUAAGAAAAGAUUAGUUUGGUUGAGAGGGCGGGAUGACGCUGUUAGCCUGGCGGAAUUUGUGAGAAGAAGGGUUAUUUUAUGCUAACUAAUGGAGAAAGAAAACCAAUUGAUGGAGUAUAUGGUCCAGGAACCCCCGGCCCAUAGACUCCUACUAUUCUAAGGGAGGCCCAAUAGGCCCAGGAAGCACAGCAGACCCAAAUCACAGCGCCCCAAGUACUGAGCAACCCACGUGGCACACUGGGGGUGCCUUCGGCCCCCUGGCCGAAGGCUCUAAAUGCUCACAGGAUGGCCAACUCAAGCAAACAAAGUUACUGGGAGAAAACGGCGAAAAUCAGUAGCCCUCGGCACCUAGAGCCCUCGACACUAAGGAGGUUCCUGGUACUCAGAGCCCUCGGCUAAUCAUCUGCAGCCGAGGGCACCUUUCUCGACAUAAUAUCCUCUCCACAUGCGCCUGAAUCACCGUACCAAGUACGACGUCACAUCCAACAGCCGCAUUUAAUGCGGCCACAUGCGAAUGCCAGUGCCACCCCGUUGAGGUGACCCCUCGACCACCAGAAUGAUGACACGUGUCCCUAUCUGGCAUUUAUUACUACUAUAAAUAGCGCCCCUUUUCCCCAUUUGUAAUCCAAGCUAAACCCGCUCACUAUAUUCUCAGCAAUAUACUCUCUCUCUUACUUUUGCUCUGACCUCUCUCUAGUUACUCCCCGCAGUAACCCUUCGGAUACAUACCCCCGGGUAGACUAUCCAUCACCAAUAUUGGAGGCAGAGAGCUAAAGAGUUUUGACUGAAAGAAGGGGAUAUUAAUUCUCGUUUUUUCAUAAUGCGGUUAAGCAGAGGCGGAGAAAGAACAAAUUGGUUGGUCUCAAACAGGAAGAUGGUUCGUGGAUUAUGGAUAGAGGUCAACUCGAAGGAUGUAUUAGAGAGUAUUUCUCUAAUUUAUUUGCUGCUGGAACGUGCUCAACGCAUGACUGGAACGGUGGGAAUUUUCCUCAAGUUUCAGUUGACCAGAAAUGUCGUUUGCUGAGACCCAUCAGCCUAGAGGAGGUUAAAUCGGCGAUUUUUGAUAUGCAUCUUGAGAAGGCUCCUUGCUCAGAUGGGAUGAACCCGACGUUUUUCUAGAAAUUCUGGGAUGUGGUGGGGCCGGACGUGACUCGAUUAUGUUCAGGUAUUUUUCACUCUGACGAUAUCCCUAAGGAAUUAAAUAUUACUAAUAUUGUUUUAAUUCCAAAAAAGGAUAACCUAGAUAAUUUGGGAGAGUGGAGACCGAUAACACUUUGUAAUGUAGUCUAUAAAAUUUUCUCUGAAGUGCUUGCUAAUAGAAUGAAAAGUUUUUUGGGCCAGCUGAUUGGAGAGAAUCAAAGUGUCUUUAUUCCGGGGAGAUCGAUUGUGGAUAAUAUUAUAGUGGCUUUUGAGACUCAUCACUAUCUGAAAAGGAAACAGUAUGGUAAAGAAGGCUUUGUUGCUCUUAAGCUGGAUAUGAGCAAAUCUUAUGACCGGGCAAGUUGGGAUUUUCUAAAGUUUAUAAUGACUAGCAUGGGGUUCACUGGGAGAUGGAUUGAAUUAAUUAUGGCCUACGUCACUACGGUUACUUAUUACGUCCAAUUUGAUAAUGAGUUCAUUGGACUGAUUGAAUCAUGAAGAGGGCUUCGUCAAGGUGACCCGCUAUCACCUUAUUUAUUUAUUGUUGUGGUUGAGGGUUUAAGCGCGUUUCUAAGAAGAGCUGAAAGUGAAGCGAAUUUACAUGGGGUUGCGGUUUGUAGGGGGGCACAAAAAAUAUCACACCUUUUAUUUGCAGAUGAUAGCCUCUUGUUUUUUAAAGCCACAAGGAGUGAAUGCAGUGUGGUUCGAGACAUCUUACAGGGAUAUGAGAAAUUAUCGAGCAAGGUAGUAAAUUGUUCCAAGUCCUCUAUGUCGUUCAGAAUGUGAGCGAACCAGAUAAACAAAUGUGUUGCUAGAUUUUGGGCAUUCCAAGAGAGGGAGGUCAGUCGAAGUAUCUGGGAUUGCCGGCGUUGGUUGGAAAAAAUAAAACGGUCAUUCUCGGUUAUAUUCGAUACCGAAUACACUAUAAUUAAAAGUUGAAAUAAUAGAUUCUUAUCUAGAGCUGGAAGAGCGGUGUUAUUGAAAAAUAUUGUUCAGCCGAUGCCAAGCUAUGCUAUGAACGUUUUUUAUUACCAAAAGAACUUUGUGAUAUAGAAAAAUUAAUGAACGGGUUCUGGUGGAGGGGAUCCAAGUUAGACAAAAAGGGAUGAGAUGGAGAAGCCGGAAAGGGCUAUGUAUGCCGAAAGAGGUGGGUGGCUUAGGCUUCAGAAGACUGAGAGAAUUUAAAUUGGUUAUGCUGGGCAAACAGGGACGGCGAUUAAUCACAGAUGAGCGUCGUCUCAUGAGUCAGGUUCUCAAGGCAAGGUACUUUCCUAAUACAAAUUUUCUUAAUGCAAAAUUGGGUAAUAAUCCUUCUUUUUUCUGGAGAAGCAUAUUUGAGACUCAGGAGCUGAUAAAAAAUAAUACUCGAAGGUGUGUUGGGAACUGUAUUGAUGUACAGGUAUGGGCGGAUGCAUGGCUGCCAGGGCAGGGAUCAGGCAAAAUUUCUUCCAUUCGCCCCAGGGGUGUCAGAGACAUGAAUGUAGCGGCACUUUGUGACAUUGCAGGGAAGAAGUGGAAUGUGGACAUGAUAUGCUCUCUGUUUAAUGAGGACGACAAGAAAUUAAUUCUUAGUAUUCCGAUCAGUGCACAGGACAAGAAGGAUGGAUAUUGGUGGAAGGGAGAAAUUAAUGGGCUGUAUUCUGUUUAAAGUAGCUACCGGCUACUAAUGGGCGAGUUCCAAGCAGAUGGAUGGAAAUGAUGGAAGAAUUUGUAGGAUAUUAAGGUUCCACCGAAAUUUAAAUUUUUUGUUUGGCAGGUUUUGGAUGGAACACUUAUGGUGGUUGAUAAUUUGAGGAGGAAAGGCGUGGACAUUCAGGGCGGGUGCAAGCUGUGUAACGCGCCGGAUGAAUAACUAGAUCAUGCGAUGAGGGCGAGUCCAAGAGUCCAAGCAGUGUUGCGGGCAACUGGGAUGUACAUGGACUUCGAGCUAACCACGACGGAAGUCUGGAUAAGGAAGCAGCUUGAUAGUGUUGGCGAGGAAGAAAGAGGUAGUUUCGUGGCUAUAUUUUGGAGUAUUUGGAAACGGAAAAAUACAACAGUUUGGAAACAGCAUGUACAGGACAUUGCUAGCGUUGUAAAUGCGGGUACUGGAAUGCUGACUAGUUGGAAGGAUGUCCAAGUCACUGAGGAAGGGAGGAUAGGUUCGACCGGAGACCGUGGAAAUAAAUGGAAGAACUCGGGGCCGGGGAUUAUUAAAAUAAAUGUGGAUGGCGUUGUUGACCAGGAAGGUAGUAAAAGAGCCCGGGGAUGGAUAGCUAGAGACGAGUACGGUGAUUUUAUUAGAGGCUCAUGCACUACACAUUCUGUCACGCCCCGGACUUACCCGUACACAUCAACAACCCGUCGUACAGUACAAAUAGUCAACCGCAAUCCAACACAUCCAUAAUAUACAAAGCGUCCGCAAUAUCAUUCACACAUGGUACAUCCAUAAACAAACAUAAUGUAAAACAUUCAUUAAAGCAGCGAAAACAUUAUUACAAGUGUUCAAGCUACACUUGGCAUAAUUAGGCAUGUAAGCCCCUAAAUAAUUAUACAGAAAAAUAAUAUCCAUGAGCAUUGUUUAUAUUGUUUUCAAAACAGAAACGGAAGAAGCACGAACCAAGUCUCCUUCCUUCAAUCUUCCCGAAGCAAUGGACGGUGGUAGCAACCUUAAAGCUCUACCUGAAACUGUGAGGUGACCUCCCCCGUGAAGGGGAGGUCAGUACUUUGAAGCAUUUGAAAAGUACAAUGACAACUAUACUGAGUAUAAUCACCGUUUUAAUUUCUAAGACCCUCAAAAUAGGGUGGUAUCAUAAUAUACAUAAUAAUUUAUAUUUUCCCCCUUAUUAUCUUUAUAAUAAGUUGAUUCAUUAAUUGGUUGGCACACGGCCCCUUCUUAUUUCUCAUUUCAUUCAUCGUUUUUCACGACACAACCCGUAGGUCUUAUUAUUUCUACGGGACUUGCUACCGUUGUCCGAG